UUUCCGUUUGUGUUUCAGUUACUUUGUCGUAGUAGAAACUGAUAGAAACUUGUAAAAUGUGAAUAAGAGUUUGAAAUUAAUGCAGAACUAAAACAAUAGAGGGCUUUAAUUGCCUCAUGGGUUACCGGUUAUGUUUUAAUGAAAGAGCCAGUCGGUUCAAGGUCCAGCUCACAGUAAGGAAAAGCACAAAUACCAAUAACAUUACAUCAGACUGGGGUCAAAAUGUCAGAGUCUGCUGACAGUCACACAAAAACGCUAAAUUUCAACGUCGGGGUGCUCGGACAUGUCGACAGCGGGAAGACGUCGCUUGCCAGGGCGCUGAGCAGCACCGCCUCCACGGCUGCCUUCGACAAGAACCCGCAGUCCCGGGAGAGAGGCAUCACGCUGGACCUCGGCUUCUCCUCCUUCACGGUGGAUCUUCCCGAUCACCUGCGGGACAGCGGAGGCCAGCAGCAGUAUGACAGCCUGCAGUUCACCCUGGUGGACUGUCCGGGACACGCCUCUCUUAUUCGGACUAUCAUUGGGGGUGCCCAGAUCAUUGACCUGAUGAUGCUGGUGGUGGAUGUGGUGAAAGGGGUGCAGACUCAGACUGCAGAGUGUCUGCUGAUAGGAGAGCUAACCUGCCCCCGCAUGGUCGUCGUCCUGAACAAAACUGACCUGCUGCCACCCAACAAGAGACAGAGUGCCAUUGAGAAAAUGACCAAGAGACUGCAUAAAACACUGGAGAGCACAAGCUUUAAGGAAUGUCCAGUGAUUGCUGUGGCAGCGAAGCCUGGGGGCCCGGAGGCUCCUAACACAGAGGAACCACAUGGAGUGCCAGACUUAAUCGAGCUUUUGAAGAAACAGGUGUACCUCCCUCAGAGAGACCCUAAAGGUGACCUCCUGAUGGCUGUGGACCAUUGCUUCUCCAUCCGUGGUCAGGGAACAGUCAUGACUGGAACCAUACUGCAGGGGUCGUUGGCCAUCAAUGACACUGUGGAAAUCCCAGCACUAAAGGUGACCAAGAAGAUAAAGUCGGUGCAGAUGUUUCGGAAGCCAGUGUCCAAGGCCAUGCAGGGGGAUCGUGUGGGUGUGUGUGUGACGCAGUUCGACCCUAAGCUGUUGGAGCGGGGAGUGGUGUGCACCCCAGGGUCCCUGCGCACCCUCUAUGCAGCUGUCAUCUCUGUGAGGAAGAUAGGCUACUUCAAGGGCUCUCUUGCCACCCGUGCCAAGUUCCACAUCACCGUGGGUCAUGAGACAGUCAUGGCGAGGGUUACCUUUUUUGGCCUGCCCCCUGUGGGUGCCUCACAGCCCCUGUCAGACACUAAGCCACCUCCAUCGCAGCCCUGCUCACUGAAAACACCCUUCACCUUCGACAGGGAGUACUUCUACCAGGACGAAUAUGUCACCGGUCAGGGAGAGGCGGGAUCAGGCCCUGACCCAGAGCAAUGGGCCUUGUUGGAGUUUGAGCGGCCAGUCACAUGUCCCUUACUCUGCCUGGUGAUUGGUUCCAAGCUGGAUACAGACAUCCAUGCCAAUGCAUGCCGGUUGGCCUUCCAAGGCUGUCUGCUACAAGGGUUUGAAGGUAAAGACUAUGCUGAGACUGACCUGCCACGUCUGUGCAUCUACAAGACGAAACAGAAGGAGGGACAGGUGGAAAGGGUGACUGACGAUUAUACUGUGAUUGGCCGCAGCCUGUUCAAGAAGGAGACCAACCUUCAGCUCUUUGUGGGGUUGAAGGUCACACUGUCGACAGGCGAGACUGGCGUUAUCGAGGGUGGGUUCGGACAGAGCGGGAAGUUCAAGAUUCGGAUACAAGAGGGUCUUUGCCCAGAAACCAAGCAGUUGUUAUCAUCCACCUCUAAGAAGAAAGGGAAGGGUGGAAGCAAAGGUGGUCCUACAAAUGAAGAGGAGCCCAAAACGGAUUCUCAGCCUGUUAGCAUUCACUUGCAUUUCAAGCGGUACGUCUUUGAUCCCCAUAAAAAGAUGGUUCAGUCUUGACAUUUGUUACGGGCACUUCAGCCUAACCCUGUGUCACAGUGCUUCAGACAGGCAGAGGGCAGUUUCAGAGGCCUUGUAGAGGGAAUACUGGCCUCUAUAUCAGGAGUAUGAAGACUUUCUUAUAUCAGCUUCUUUUUGUGGGGAUGGAGACUGUCUGCUGAAAUGCAAUGAUUGUGGAAUGCUGAAAGCAUGUGGAACAAUGAUUGUUUUAUCUCCCUUUAUGGAGAUGAACUUAAUCCAGUUUGCUCUAUCACGAGGAAGCUGCUCUUUAAGUUUAAAAAAAAUCUAUGCUUUUGUUCCCCUUUUAUGAGUCUGAAUCAAUUCUUUUGACUUGCAGCGAACUUUCUUGCAGUAUGUUUCUAAUUCAGCUCAGCAUAAUUGGCGUAAACACAUUAGCUAGCGUUAUAGAAAUACUGAACUUGUAGAUUUCCACAGAUCUCUGUAGUCACUGUCUGUGUCUUGCUCUCUAGCUGGAAUAAAGGUCAUAUCAUGUUUCAGGUUUGGACUAAGUGGCUGUUGCUGUGUGAUUUCAGAAUGAUUUAUCCAUAUUUCAGUAUUUUUCUAUUUCAUUUAAUUUACUUUCAUAGCAGUUUGCAGAGCCACAUAUUACCCAGAAUAUCAGUUAUACCAGAGAUUGCUUGAGUUGAAUUGAAUCCUGACCAGAAAGACAAAUAAAACAAACCUAUGCUGCAA